AAAAAAAGAUUGAGACGGUGGCAAUGGAUUUGAAGCAGCUAAUAAAGGAGGAGGAGGAGGAGUGCGAUGGCCGUCAUCAGCAAGUUGAUGCAAAAUUAGCACUGCAAUCAUUUCUUGAUCGAAUCCCUAUCACAUCCAUCCUCUAUCACAAUCCGAAUGCCUCCUCGGAUUUGGAGCUAAAAUCUGAUGACUGUGUUCGAGAUGCAAUCAGUUUGCUAUACACCAACAAUGUGUCAGGGGCACCGAUUGUAGAGAAUGUUGAUUCUGAUCUCAGAAAAUUUGUGGAUCGGGACAUUGGUUUCAUUGAAUUCUCUAGCAUGGUACUGUGGUCCCUUGAGGAACUCAAGAAAGUAAGAGCAGAAUCGAAAUCUGACGAUGAUGGGUUGCUCUCGGUGCUAGAACAAAACUCCCAGAUUGGACAGACUAAGAUAGGGGAACUAGCAAAAUCAUUCUUAUGGGAACCAUUCUUCCCAGUUAACUCAAAUGACACACUAUUCCACGUACUUCUGCUCUUCGCUAAGCACCCGAGAUUGGGAGUCAUACCAGUUGUUGAGUCAUCAAACUCUCGGGUCAUGUGCUACAUUAAUCAGAAUGCAGUAGUUCAAUUGCUCCUCCAGUCCAGUGGGCUCGACUGGUUUGAUCAAAUUGCAGACAAAAGCAUUGCAGAGUUUGGGUUUGAGAAGGCUUGUAGGUUUUUCAGCGUUUAUGGGGACCAAACUAUAACUGAUGCUUGGCAUAUCUUGUGGAAGGAAGAAACUGAUGGAGUUCCAGUGAUUGAUCAGGGAAGUGAAACAUUGAUCGGAGUUGUAAGGCGCAGUGAUGUUCAUCUUCUUCUGGACGAUGAUGGCAUCUUCAAAAAUAGAAAAAACAUAACCAUCGAACAAUUUAUCAAAACACAUUCAAAAAGUCAUCAGAAACCCAACAUGUCCACAGACAACAUCAGCAAGAUGCAGCUUUCUUCUUGUGCUCUCCUCUUGGAGCACGACCUCCUUCCUCGAGCAAACACAGUGAUAACCAAUCAGAAAUCUGACUCACUUAAACAGGUGAUGAAAAGUUUGGUCGCAUCAAAUAGCUCGCAAAGCUUCUUGGUUAACGAAUCAGGAAAAUUAGAGGGUAUUUUGACACUCAAAGAUGUUAUCUCUCCCUUCUCUCCACCGUCUCUGGAUUCAAGGAUCAAUGGAGGUGGUUUUUUCAACGCUGCUCUAGAACAGGCUGACUGUCAUGUGAAAGAUGGAACACUUUUCUGCAAUAACUAGCCUUCUAGGUGUUUUUUUUUGUUGCAAGGACAUUAGUGCCAACAAAUUGCCUGUUGGUACACGUAGUUCUAAUUUUCAUUAUCUUUUAUUUUUGGUAUUUGGAAUAAUAAAAAAAGGUUGUAAAAAUGGCCUCAACAGCUGAAUGAGGAGAUGAACAUACUCCCUGCAUUGUUAAUUGUAUUUGUGGGUCAAGUUUGUAUAAUUCAUGUAUAGAAGACGGAUCUUUAGACUACAAGCUUAAUGCAUUGUGAAGCAGUUUGUAGCCACGAACAGGAAGGAAUAAAAUAGUGAAAACACGUACAGGCUACUGACAUUUUGUGCAUAACGGGUCCAAGAAUAAUAGAUGUAGAUCACACAAUAGAAUAUUUAUGGAGGUCAAAUACCAAGAAUAAAACAGCCAGAAAUCUGUCGCUUAUAUUUUCGCAAGAGCAACAAAUUGAUAGUAUCACAACGAGAGCAUAUUGCAGCGUACAAACAAAUGUAUUGUUACAAAGUAGCACAAAUAAGCGAACAGCGGGGUCCUGAUAACAAAUGUCUGAAAUAUCUUCUGGCAACCUCCAGAGAACUUUAUACCGCGCGAAUACCCUUAAUCUCCUGAUUCAGUAAUA